UCAAGUGAGAGCGCAAAUUGAGAGAGCGGCUUGUGACGCCUGCGGUUAUUGUUAAGUUAUAAAAGACGAUUGAAAGAACCAUCGCACGGAACGAUUGCAGCCAAGCAGCUGGGAACACACACACACUCAAAAGUCAUGGGUAGCACGAAGGAAGUUUGUGCGGUGAACCCAGAAUCUGACCCAAACAACUUAUACUAUGGAAAGCAGUACAUCAUUUAUAAUCCAAGUCAAGACCCUGUACAGAACGGAUCAUGUCUGCUUUUCCGAAGAAACACUGAGUAUGAUUUGCACAGCAAAGAAAAUGUUCGCUUUUGGCUGAAUCUUAAUGGGAACGCUGAAAAUAAGAAAUUUCCGGACCUGGUGGCAGGCCUCCGCAAAAGCUUUCCCGACGUCAAGUUCACCUGCCGGCUCGUCAAGCUUAUGGCUGCGCUGCUACGCACAUAUGAAGAGGACGGUUACCUCUCGCUCUCCAGCUUCUGCAGGCUCGUCGGGUGGUUCGGUCCUUUGAACCGGUGUUCGAUUAACGGAAGGCAGACCUGCAUUCUCCUGAAGAACCUGGAGGUACUGUUUGAGAAGUCGAUGCUGCCCAGCCGUCUGGGAGUGCCAGAGAGCUGGUUUGCAGGGCACAUGACGCAAACAGAGGCAUGGACGCUGCUCAAAGGAGCUGUUCCCGGGACUUUCCUCAUCCGAUUCUCCGAGUCGCAGGCCGAGAAUGGGAGCUUCGCACUCUCCAUCGCCACUGACAAUGGGGAACCGGAGAACGUCAGCAUACUUGGCGAUCCACGCACCGCGAGCCUCGGGAACCCGAUGUUGAACCUGGCCCUGCGCUACGGCGGGGAUGACGAUAACUGCCGCUACCCGGACCUCCCCACGCUGGUGGCCACGCGGUUGAAAAAGCACCCAUUCCACUCGGACCAUGUGGAGCGCUGCAUCUUGCCCUGCCCUUGUCUGCCGCUUGCCUACAUCUUCAACAUGCCAGCGGGCAACGAGACAUAGACACGGUUCAGCGCGGACUCCCAUCUGUAACCUGAUAUUCUUUUUUGCUGUGGCCAUGGUGGCGCAUGCUAUCGGCCAAAAUAUAGAUUGCCCCGCGUAAAACGGGAUGAGUCGUAGAGUGACUACAUACGUGGCAGAAUGCGUUUGCGUAAGGAAGGCGGAUUUGUGCGAGGCUCAACUGGGACGUGGUGAGCUGGCAGCCCUUCCGUGCUUCGGUCAGUCCGACCCAUUUUUACAUAGCCAUGCCCACGCGAUUGACCGAAUGUCAAUGGCCCUGCGUAAAGGGGAUGAGCAGUAGAAUGAUUGCAAGUGAGGUGCCUUUUUAUAAGGCUACUGCAUUCCAUGGGAGGCUCAAACAGAACACUUGGUGAGCUGGCAGCACCUGCCAUCAUCAGCCACGCCCACGUUUGAAUAGCCCCGCCCACUAUUACGUAGCUCCACCCACUCAAUCAGAAUCUGGCCACACCCCACACAUUGAGUGGUAGCCUGGCCAACUUAUCAUCGGCCCCACCUAAUCCUCUGCCAGUGGUGGUCACUACUUAGGUUAGCCCCAUCCUUUUGCCUCUGCAUUGAGUCAAGCAUGAGGCCAGAGCAUUUUGAAUGGGAAUAAAAUAUAGAUUUUAAACAAAAGACCUUUCUCAAACCGGAAUGUUCGGUUGCCUUAUAUUUGCAUCGUACUGGAUAACACGCAUGGCAUCACAUCGCACACUCUCCUUGUACCAAACGUGGAUGGUGCAUGAAAGCCUGCUGUAUUUAUGAGACCCACGAAAUGGGCUGGUUUACAUAGCUUGCAAAUUUUAUGUAAUUAAACCGAAAUAUGUACUCAAUAUGCUGAGCUAUUUAUGUUACAACUUGCCUUUUGGCCGUCCAAGGAUGGGCGUAUUGCAGUAAAUCUGAAACUUGCAAGCGAAAAGCAGACCGCGAUGUGAUAGUCAUUGCAUUAUUGCGUGUGCAAUUUUUAAGGCCGCGGUGACACAGACCUAUUUCAUUUUAAGGUCAUAAUCCAUUGUUCAUCAUGACGUCCUUUUUACUUUGAUGUCUCAACAACAUCGUUACGGAGAUCACGUGAC